AUGGCAUACGAAUAUCAGGAACAAUAUCUCAGAUGUCCCUAUUGCCCUUUUGGCAGCCAUGAGUUUGACCAACUUGACAGACACGUGCAACGAGCGCAUCUUGGCGAUCAGCGGACAGAGAGUAGAAAAUCUCGGCCUGAACCACAUCGGAAUCCUGAUAAUGUCGAAUUGAGCGACUUCGAGUUGGCCCAACUACUUGCUUUUGAGGAGGCUGGACUUCCUCCAGAACUUGCUUUGCCUGACCGUCCCAAUGUUCCUGCCAGUGUUCUUGCUGGAAGAUCGGAAGCGACGGCAAAGACUCCAAUACCUCCCUCUCCCUCUCGCUCUCCUUCUGGCUCCCGCUCUCGCUCUCGCUCUGCCUCUGCCUCUGCCUCUGAUUCUAAAGAUGACGAACGAUGGGUUGAAUGUCACUGCGGUGAACAUGUUCAAUUUAUCGAGCUGGAUGCACACUCCGAUAUGCAUGCUCAAGAGAAUGUCUCAAUGGAUGAGGCUGACCUACCUUCUGACGUUGCGCUGUCGAGCCCUCCAUCCACCGAAGAGCCACCACUACUCGAUUCUUUUAACACCAACGCACCUAGAGCUCUCCGGAAUUAUGAUCAAUUGCAUCCUAAGACCCUUCCCAGUAGCGUCAAACGACGAGGUCCUUCCCUCAAGGAUAUUCUCCUGGGUAGUCCUGCGUCGCCAAAGAGAAAGUCACCCUAUAAAGCGGUAUCUUCAAAAGCUGGCAAGACGAGACGCUUGGGGAGAGCCGAAUUAGGUCCAUAUGCACAUGAACAUCAGAUGCCCAGUUGGUUGCGGCGAAUGCUCGAAGAGGGCGCCAAGGUCACCAUCACUAACAGGAUCACGCCGAACGGUCACCUGAUUCGAAUUGAGACUAUCGCCAAUGAAACCCCGGACCUAGUACCAGUUCUUGCGCGCCUGUCUCAACUGGAUCGAACAGUGGAACGUGCAUUUUACUGCAGUCCAUCGGUGCGUCAUGUCUGCAAAAUGCCAAAGGAAGGUGGUUUCUGUGGUUACCGAAAUAUUCAAAUGAUGGCAUCGUACAUUCGUGACGCCAAUGCUACUGGUGCCGAACAUUUCCGUGGACGGCUACCGUCAAUUUUGAAACUUCAAGAUAUGAUCGAAAACGCUUGGGAUAUGGGUUUCAAUUCAGGCGGACGAAUUGAAACGGGAGGAAUCAGGUAUACCCGGAAGUAUAUCGGUACUCCCGAAGCACAGGCAUUAUUCAUGAGUCUCGACAUCCCCUGUGAGGCGACUGCAUAUGCCACUACUGAUGAUGUCGCGGCCUCUGAGACAAUGCUCCGCGCCGUGUGUGAAUACUUUGAUGAUGAACAAACCAAUGACAAUCUUGAUAAAGUGGUCAUCACAGACAAGCCACCGAUUUACUUCCAGCAUCAGGGCCAUUCCAUGACCAUUGUCGGCGUGGAAAGCAGAUACGAUGGAAUGAUUAAUCUGGCUGUUUUCGAUCCAAUGUUCAACCCAAGUCCUGCUCUGAAGAGACUGGGGUUUAUGGGCAUAGAUUCCUUCAGGUGUGCUGAACCUGAAAAGCUCCUCAAGGCACAUCGACGAGGGGAACGGUAUCUGGAGAAAUAUCGGGACUUCGAAUUGCUGAAGCUGACAUGA